AAUCAAAUAUCAGCUAUACUCAAGUCAUCGAAAGCCUUCGGUAACAGCGGUUAUUGCUUUGCGGGUGUUGUUUUCAUCACAUGGCAGGAAAGGAAAAACUAAAUGAGGUCCAAAAAAAUGCAAUCCACAAAGAGACGAUCCGGAAAGAGAAAAGACACGAGAUACUCCAGACGCAGUUCACCUUCAAUCCGCAUCGACGCCCGCAUAUCCUAACAGAUAAACCCAUGUCCAGGAAACCAACAGAAGAGAUUGCAGAGAACUCAGAAUUCAUCGAGGCCUUUCAAAGGGCUCGCCUCGUACCCACCAUGAAAUAUUCAACGCCGCAGACGUCGGGUCAGGAGAUCGGGUGGUGGGUGUCAACUCCACUGAUCCCACCCAACCCCAACGACAAGAGGUUCAACUUCCACAGAUGCUGCACAGACGUCACCAAAUAAAACAAUCUGCGCCGUGUGCAAAGAAAGCGAUGUAAUAACAAUCGCUAAAUAGCAA